UCCAUCGAAGAAACGGAAGAAAGUCGGAAAUGACCCAAUCAUCUCUAAUCUUGGACCAUGCUUGAAUGGAGGUGACCUUAGUUGUUAUCAAAUUGUGAAGAAAGUUGUGCGGCGCAGUUGGACUUCCGGUCUCGGUUGAAUGAGAAACUUGUUCUGAGUGUUUUUUAAAGGAGCAGAGAGGCCUGGAGAGAUGGCAGAGGCACACCAGACACGCGUGCAGAAGGUGGUGGAAGAAAUGGUCCAAUCUCUAGAGAGGGACAACAUCCGAAACAUGCAGGGACGCAUGUUCAAAUGCAGCGCGGACUGCUGCGGCCGCCCCUCUGACUCCAUGAAUCAGGUGCAUCAGUGUAUUGAGAGGUGUCACACUCCUUUGGCCCAGGCUCAGGGACUGGUCACCUCAGAGCUGGAGAAGUUUCAGGACCGUCUGACCAGAUGCACGAUGCACUGCAACGACAAGGCGAAGGACCUGUUCGACUCGGGAUCGAAGGAGCCGGCCGUCCGAUCGCUCAUGGACCGCUGUGUGGGCAGCUGCGUGGAUGACCACAUCAACCUGGUCCCUAGCAUGACCCGGAGGCUGAAGGAGAGCCUGGACUCUAUACCGCAGUGAGGAGCAAGUAGUCUGGACCUGGUAGACGCCAGGUUAGUGACCUGAGGAUUUCAGGCCAACCACAAAAGAUCAGUUCAAAGACUUUGAUAGUUAUUGUGAGAUUUGUUACUAGAGCUUAAAGAUAGUGAUUUAUCUAAAUUCAGAAAUCAAAUGUCAUGUUACCAUGUGUAAACAAUGCAGUGAUGGUAGAUUUAUUUGAAACAGAUCUGACGUUUAACUUUAAUAGAGCAAUCCCUCAUGUGCAUCUCUUGAUGGAUUUUAUACGCAGCUCUUCCUGGUCCUGCUACUCGAACUGUUUUGUUUUAUUUUGUCUCAAUUAGUUCUCCAGUUUUUUGUGAUGGUGCCUACCUCCACUGCUGUGUAUAUGUGUGGAAUAAAAUAACAAUCAAGGUAA